CCCUCCGAAAAGAGACGAGCAAUCUAUUGCACGAGACAAUGUUGGAUGGCGGGACCUGGCAACUACAUCCCGUAUAUCUUGAAAAAUCACCAAUCUUCUUCAAUCAUGAAUCUGGGUUGGUGGGUAAAUCUACACACCAGCCAUUAGAUUAGAUUUCUCCAUCUAACACGGGCCACAUGUGCUGGAUAUUAUAACAGCUAUGAUCGUCUGGCUCGUGUGUUCCUCUGGUGGGUACCUCUCAACCAUCCCUGCGCUGUGGUUAUUUGAUGGCUCUGGAAUAAAUGCCCCACCACCACUGCCCACACCCAUCUCAGCCUGGGUUUAUGGUCCGCCUUUGUUGUCAGCUGUCCAGCAAUAACCUACUAUAACCUAUGAAUCAUAUUUUUCCCUCCGUCUACACAUCUCCCCUUCCUCUGACGCUUCCCUUCCUGCUCUGGACCAAAAUUCAUGUCAUCAAUCCAACACGCUUCCUUAAGGUUACCUACGCGUCUGCCGAAUCUUAUUAAUAUGCACUGUAGUACGUCAAUGAAGUAUCAGAUGAUUACAGAUUUGCUCCUCCGCUACUUGGCUUCCACUCUCUAUUUAGCAUCCACGCACGCCGAUAGAGGCGAAAAGAUUCUUCACGUCAGUCGAUCCAUCCGAGGCUUGCCAGGGCUUGCCUUAGCUAUGCUGCAUUUCUUUGACGAUUACCUUUCGCGAUACUUCCGGCGACUAUCUUGUGUCAAAUUCCAGGGCCAUUUCCAUCCCGAGAUCUGACUUCUGCGAAUCUGCAGUCGUUGUCCGAUUUCUAUCAGAGCUCAUCAAUUCAGCCGUCUUCUAUCCUCUUCCUCACUCGUCAUCGGAAUGCUUUUUAUGCUGCCUGUAAACCAGCUAUUGCCUUGGUCUCUUGCGCCACCUUCUGCUGCUGGGCCUUCAUCUGGCAUGUUAAUCAAGUCGUGACCCCACACCGACGUGUAUUUCUAUGUGCACUAUGCACCACAUCCCUCUCGAUUUUGAUCGAAGCUUUCUCCCCAACAUUUUUACUUGCCAAUGAUGAACCCGAAUAGUAAAGCUGUAUAUCUUGUCCGUGGAGAUCCUGAUCGUCUUGCUUCUUCUCCGCCGCUUUGCUUGCGCAGGUAUUUGUCCUGUACUAAAUUCAGUAUAUCGUCCUUCUUUCAACGUCAACAAUUUAAACUGCUAGAGACACAUCGACAGCAGUCAAAUCCAUCACCCAUCAAUACAAAGCUUACAGCCAAUUAUCGUCCGCUGUCUCCUGAUUUAUCUAAUUAUUUUUUUUCGUUGCUUCUGUUCCUUAGUUACAAUUAAGUCCACGUACGCGCCCCCUCAUCAUUUCUAUCAACAGAAAGUAGGUUCCAAAGACAGUUCAAGUGGUUUCAAUAUUCUUUGACGUCCCAACAAUCAUGUUAGCCUCUCCACUCCCGUCAACAGACGUCACAUCGGAUCAAAGCUUCUCAGAGGUGGCACUGAUUGAACAACAGCACCUCACCACUGCGGCCCCUCGCCGGACGUCAUACAGUUUAUAUUACCACAACAACAACGAGCCCGAGGUUUACCCCGAAUUCAACUGGGAGAACCAUUCAAGCAUUCAACUGCCGAACAUGGGCGAUCCAUCCCGUUCUGAGAGUAAUGCUGCGGAAGGCAAGCUGCAUAACAGCCCACUGGCAUCAGCGUUGGAGCCUUACCAAGGGGCUGCUCCAGCUUCCCCUCCAUCAUCGAGGAGUGAAACCUUUAAUUCAGAUGGUGGGAAUGUCAAUCUCGAGAUAUGCGCCGCGCCCCAGGUUCCGCAGGAUGACAGUCAAGCGCAAGAGCCUUUACGGGUUUCUAACAAGCGACCUCGCCCCCCCUGCCUUUCACAGUUGGAUAGUCGAUGCUUCGAGAGGUAUCCUCAACCACACUUAACCUCUGCCAACUCGUCACCACGCAGUGCUGCCGAGGCCUCACUCAAGAAAGAAAGUGAGGAUCUGAGCAGCCUACCUCCUAUUGUCACGCGAGAGGAGAUAGAGAGGGGGGUUGUGAGCAAUUCCAACAAAUCAGUCCUGCAUGUGCCCACUGCGCAUCUGGAGCGUCACAAACACGAUUUGGUCGCGAUCGACGCGUUGGGAAAUUCAUCUGUACGGAGAACCCCCGAGGCCAACUCCAAUCCACAUCCUCAACAGCUUCAAUUUUCCAGCCACUCCAAUGGUUAUCUUUCUGCACUGCCAUCUCCGGUGCUGCCUUCUUGCAAUGGCACAAACCCUGGCGACCGAGUCUCAUAUCCCGCUUCGCCUGUCGUCUCGCUGACCGCCCCCAAUUCAGCGACAUUUCCGCUCGAGUCAAAUUCAUCCUUCAGUCCUCUGACCACAGCAAGUCAAGCUAAUCAAGUGGUUUCAUCUCCAUCGAACCAUCAUCACGUUUCCGACACGGCAUUUUCGCAAACGGCCCUGCCUCGGUUAAUCAGGCCUUCUUACGCCAGCAAUGGGGGAACUCAAGUCGUUGAUUCAUCAGUUGCACCUACGACUGGCGCGCCCGCAACCCGCGUAACAGUUUCACCUGCUCCACAGCCGGCGCAAGCAUCACCUUGGAGCUCGGUAGAAACCCAGGCCCCUCGUCGCAGAGGGAAAUUGCCAUCGGCUGUGACGGCUAUUCUCAAGGGAUGGCUAAUGGCUCACACCACUCACCCCUACCCAACGGAGGAAGAGAAAAAAUCCUUAUGUCAGGAGACCAACUUGACGAUGAACCAAGUAAGCAAUUGGUUUAUCAACGCACGCCGUAGGAUUCUGGUCCCCCCUUCUGCCGGAAAUUCUGUCCAUGAGGUUAGGCAACCCGUCCGACGGCAAGCGCAGUCCCAGCUAGUGCGGGCCGCGGGCCAUGCUGGAGCUGUCCCACCUUGCCUGACCAUUCGUCACAUCGGACCCCAAUCAGUUCCAGCGAGCCCUUCGACUAGCAUCUCGAUGUUCUCACCUGUUUCCGCCACAUCGCCCAACCUCUCGAAUGGGGUGGGAAGCUUUGAUUUCAGUUACCCGCUCGCACAUCAAUCUGGUCAAGAAAACCAUUACCACGGCGAAGGGCUCUCUGCGUGUCGUCCGACCAACACCCUCAGUCCUUGCUCCAGCCAAUGGCCCCACUCAACCCAGCUCAUGAGACAAUCCCCAAGCUCGCCGCUAUAUCCUCAGCCCCACGGCCCCACACCAUACUAUUCAUCAUCUCAUUCUUUCCAGGGCUAUCCUCCUAGCCACUCUUCCUCCUCCACACCGCUACCGUCGCCGCACUUCUCUGCAUCCUUUCCGAGCGGCCCCACUCAUUUUCCUAACACUCAAGCACGUCUUCAUUCGCCGCGACCAAAUCCAGACUCGCACCCUUCUACGCCAACUUUGUCUCACUCCAGCAACGAGCAUCACUCUACCCCAGCUUAUAUGUCUCUAGCCCCUUGUCACCCGUCCAUCAGCUAUCCCACCAACCAAGAUGGGGAGAAGUAAGUUCUCGUUGAGUUCAAUCGCACGCCCGCGAGUCAUCACCCUGGACGAUUCCCAAAUGAUUUCCAACCCCGCUCAGCAUGCGUCUUUCCUUUCCCAGAUGUAUUUCCAAUCCAUUAUGUGUCCAUUUUCUUGAGUAUUUUAUGCAGUUUCAAUCAUCUGAGUUGUUUUCUAUACUAAUCAUCAGCAUCGCAAUCUUCCAUGUGUAUUUUGGUAGAAGAGCGAACAUUACCGGCCCUUGCUUUUAUGUUAACUAUACUUGAAUGCAGCAUUUCCAAAUUUCAAACAGAGUCGCUUGUCCGUAGACCCUCAUUGAAUAAGUUUCAACUGUGUUGUGCACCUGUCGGAUCAUAGUCCGGACCGCCAUGUCCAACCAGGUGUUGGUAGUAGUGCUAGUGUCGCUUUGCUGUUGAAUUUCAUGUGUAAGCUUACUGCCUGGUAACCUUCACUUCGCAAGGUCCUGACACCACAAAUUGAG